AUGUCUCAAUUACGGGAUGAAAAGGCUACGCUGAGCGAUUCCAAAGCCCCUAGUGUGGCUGUUGAUCCUGUACUUGAUACGACGGAGAAGCUCUUUCUCGGCGGGCUAGAUGACAGUCCAGACGGAACGAAGCGGGGAUCGACUGAUGAUUCGGAGCCGGAAUAUGACUUUAAAUCCGAAGAGUUCGCAAAUAUUCCAGAGCUUGUUCGGACCGUCGUGGGCUUCAAAGAUGACCCGUCCUUGCCCGUCAUAACCUUUCGAUCUAUUCUACUCUCGACCGUCUUUUGUGCGAUUGGCAGCACUGUGUCCCAACUCUCAUACUUCCGAACAACUACUGCGCCAUUCCCAGUCUUCUUCGUUAUCUUGGCAUCAGCCCCUCUUGGAAGGCUACUUGCCAGAAUACUGCCAGCUUAUACCGUGCCUUUGGGCCGAUUUUCUUUCUCUCUUAAUCCUGGGCCAUUUUCUAUCAAAGAGCAUGCAAUCAUUGGAAUUGCAGCAAAUGCUGGCAGUCAAGGCCAAUGGGCAACUUUCCUGCCCACGAAUGCGGCUCUAUACUAUGGCAUCACGAUGAAUCCAGCCAUAGCUUUGUUCUUCGGAUGGGGUGCAUCGCUUCUCGGAUUUGCCUUCGCGGCAAUGGUUCGAAAGAUUUUGAUCGAUGAUCCGGAGUUCAUCUUCCCACUUUCUUUGCAGCAAGUCACGCUCUAUAGAAGCAUGCAAGGGAAAAGCGAGCUUCACAAAAGUGUUUCACAGAAGCAGAUGAAGGUAUUCUGGUGGAUUUUGCUGGGGACAUUUGUCUGGCAGUUCCUGCCUGAGUACAUAUUCCCCUUCGUUGCCGCACUUGCGCCUCUUUGCUGGUUUGCUAGCCGCAACCAUGUCGUCAAUUUUCUUGGUGCUGGCAGAGGGGGUGUCGGACUUCUCAACAUCACACUCAACUGGUCUAACAUCACAUCUACGGUCAUCACCUACCCUUACAGCGUUCAGGUUACCAUAUUCGUUGGUUUUGUUAUCACAACUUGGAUCUUGAUUCCAGUUGCGUACUUCGGGAACCUGUGGGGGUCUCCCACUUACAACAUCAUGUCCAAUGGCGUAUUCCAGAAGAAUGGAUCAAGUUAUCCAUUUGAGUCUUUGAUCUACACUGACUCGAGCGGGAAUCAACAUGUCAAUGAGACAAGAUACCACGAAGUUGGCCUUGCCUACUCAGGCGCCCAAUACACGUGGGAGAUUUUCAUGUGGUAUGCAUCAUACAUCUCCUCGUUUGUCUGGUGUGGCUUGUUUUUGGGUCCCAAGAUUGUCAAGAUUUGGAAAGCCAGGAAGGAUAAAGGAGAAUAUCAUCAGGAUCGUUUGAGCCGCAUCAUCCAACAGUAUUCCGGUCUCACUUUGUGGGAAUGGGGUCUUCUCACAGCGAUACCCAUUGGAAUUCUUCUCGUCAUUGUCGCCACAAAGUCUAUCUGGAUGCCGACCUGGACCUACUUCGUGGCACUGGGAUUUGGUGCUGCAGCCAUGUUGCCCAUGAGUUUGGUCUAUGCCAUGUCGGAUUAUUCGAUCAAGGUUGGCUUUUUUAAUGAACUCAUAUAUGGAUAUAUGAUCGACGCCCGUGGAUCAUCUCGCCACCCACUUGGUCAGCUCGCUUACCGCAUCAUAUCCGGCAAUGUUUGGUAUGAUGCUCGAAUUGUUCUUGAGGACCAAAAGAUUGGCCACUAUCUCCAUUUACCCCCUAGGGAUGUAAUUGGCAUCCAAAUCAUCGCAAACAUGCUCGCCCUUCCAAUUAACUAUGGCGUCAUGCGAUGGGUCAUCGCCUCAAAGUUUGACUACGUCAGUGGCCGCGUCCCCGAUCCUGCGGGGCAGUGGACCGGACAAGAGUUCAAGAGCUACAACACAGCUGGUAUUCAAUACGCCCUCGUCGGGCCAAAGAAACUUUUCGCAUCAUCUUUCUUCAAGCCAGUUUUAUAUGGGUUCCCUGCAGGCGCAAUAGCUCCCAUCGUCAUCUGGCUCCUCCACAAGAAGUUCCCUAAGGCAAGAUUUGAUCUUUGGAACUCGACCAUUUUCUUUGCCAGCGCCGCCACCUUCCACGGAAACCUCAGCACCGGACCUUUCACAACUUUCCUUGUUGGAACGUUCUUCAACUUCUAUCUGUACCGGUACAGACACAAGUUUUGGAACAAGUGGGCUUACAUCAGUGGCGCCGCAUUGGACACUGGAUUUAACGCCAAUCUACUGUUCAUCUUCAUCUUUCUCGGAACGACGGGAGCUGUGAUGGUGAAUUGGUGGGGUAAUAAUGCAGACAAUAUUGAACGCUGCUUCGCCUUGAAGAAGUAG